AUGGUACGUUAUAGUUUCCAAUCCGAUACGAUCGUUAAAAACAUUGCUAGAAUCAUCCCAUUCACAAAUAUUAAAGGAUGUAAUGAUGAAAGAUGUAAUGAAUCAAACAAAGAACAACAUGAUAGAGUGAUUAAAAGUGUACUAUGUAAUAUUGUAUUGUUUAGAAGGAUUAUAUCAGUAUCUUCUUUCAACAACAAAGAUAUAAAGACAUACAAGUUUAAUCAAUUACCAAACAAGAUUGGUUGGUAUCUCAGAUGUGGGCAUAUCAAUCAAUUAAAACAAAGAAUUGAAAGAGAAGAAAAAGAAUUACAUCAAUUAUUUAAUAAUACUUUAUCCUCUUCAUCAUCAUCAUCAUCAUCUUCUUCUUCAACUUUAUCAUCAUCAUUUACAAUUAAAAAAGAUUAUUUAUUUGAUGAUGAUCAUUUAAAAUGGAAUUAUAAAACAACAGAAGAUAUAUGUUCAUUUAAUGGUCAAGAUAAACAACACUUGGAGAUAUUUAGAUAUCUGUUUGAAAAGAAACCUGAAUGGUUUAACCACCCAGAUUGUUUCAAGAUUGCAGCAAGUAAAGGCAACAUAGAGAUAUUUAAAAUAUUGGCCGAUAAUACAGUCCCUAUCAAACCAUCAUUUGACAUGAAUGAAUGUAUUACUGUUGCCAUUAAAGGAAUGCAUCCAGACAUGGCAAGGUAUUUAUUGGAAAUGAAUAAUUACAAAUUCCAAAUGGUCAAACAUUCAUUUUAUUUAAAGGGUCGUUUAUUGCAAUACAACCAAUCAGAUUUAAUCAAACUUGCUAGAAUCUUUAUUGGCAUUUGCAACCAAAACAAUGAUAGAGUCAAAAUGGAGAGGAUUUUUGCACAUUUCUUUAUUGAUCUAGUCAUGCCAUCUCAAGAUAUAGAUCUGGUUAAAGAAGCGACCGGCCACUAUUCUUACUCGAUAGAAGGUGUACUUGAUCAAUUACUCAGUAGUGGUGCGCCAAAAGACAUGAAUCUCGAUCAACACAUUGAUUUUAUCAAACAAGUUAUAAAACUAAACACCAUAGAAUAUGAACAACGGUUUGAUAUGGCAAACAAAUUUGUUGCCAAGUAUGUCAUUGACGAGGAGAUGGAUUGUAUUGAAAAGAGUAGUCUGGAAAUGGAUCAAUAUUAUUACAAUAAUAAUCAUUUCGAUAGUAUUUAUCAACUAUCAACCAAACAAUCUCGUUGGUAUAUGUUUAUGUUUAGCAUUAUGCACAUCCUACCACCAGCUCAUAUUUUCAAAGUACGUGUCAAAGAUGAACAAAAAACAGAGUUUAUCGAAAUGGUAUACAAGAUGUAUGGAUGGGGAUUCAUCAUGAACCAAGGUAGAUUAGAGCAUGUCAAGUUGGCACAUUCAAUGGGUUUGAUAGAUCCAAAUGAUUUAUUUGUCCCAAAACAUAAAGACGGUCAUCAAACAAUGAAUAUAAUGCAAUAUCUCUACGACACGAAUGGAAUCAUCACGUCACAAACCUACAAUUAUACAGUGGAUCAAUGUGGUAGGAAUGACGACAAGGUUAUUAUGUUUCUUUAUCAACAUUAUCCUCACGUGAUCAGUCAAGAUGAUAUUCUCAAAUAUAUUAAAAAAUAUGGUCAUUAUUAUCUUGUUGACAUACUUGUCAUCAAACAAGAAGAAGCUCGAUCUGAUAAAAGGUGCUAUAUAAGGAAUAGUAGGAAUAUCAAUGCAACCCAUCUUGAUAAAUUAAUCAAAAUGGGACCCGUUCACUACUAUUACGAUGAUCGUGUUGGUCAAAAGAGUUUUCAACUCUUGCAACAAUAUUAUAAUCAUAUUGACAAUGAUAUGGAAUCUGUUGAAUCAACAUUUCAAGAACAACUAGAUAUUUCAACAAAAAAUAACCAAAUUGAUAUUGUAGAAUGGCUAUUAUUUAAACAAUCAAAAUGCAAACCAAACAAGACAACUAUUAUAUCAAUUCUAUCAGAAUCAUACAAUCAUCAAUACAAACCACUUUACAAGUUAAUCAAACGUUAUUAUCAAGAGGAAAAUGAAUCAUUGGAGGAACCUUUACAAUUUAAAUUGGAAACUUGGGAUACCAUAGCAUCAAGAGGUGAUAUUAAAACAUUUGAUAAAUUCAUAUCAAGUUGCCCUGAGCCCUCUAAAGUGUAUGAAUCAGUCAUCUUGGCAUCCAUCACUCAUAAUCAACUAGCAUUUAUUCAACACCUUGCUAACAACAAUUACCAACAUUUAAAGAAAAUAAUGGAAAUGAUUAAUACCUUGAUGAAAACUGCUAUCACCAACGAUUGUCCAAUGAUACUGAAAUACUUUUUAGAUUUGGUCAAAGAAGAAAAUAGUCAACCCAAAAAUAUUGAAAAUGCUCUUAAAAUGUGUUUCAUGGAAGGAAGCUUCAAUUGUCUCAAAAUGGUAUUGGAUCUAGAUUAUUAUAAUAAUUCAUCAAUCAGUCGAGUAUAUUAUAAACUGUUAUCAAAAGGAUUAUUAAAAGAAAAAUCACAUCUACCACUAAUUACAUAUUAUCUAAUGCAUCAUGGUUAUAUAGAUAAUUGCGGUAAUGUAACUGUGGAAAAUAAUUAA